AUGGGAAAGGCUUCGUCAUCAAAAGCUCCCUCCAAAGGAAACAACCAAGGCAAAAGAAAAGCAAUUACGAGAACCCCACCUUCUUCACCGGACUCGAACAAUAGCAACUCGAACUCGGACACCGAAACUCAAACUUUGGCUCAAAAGCACGGCAUUCCAUUCCCAGUUUUCUCUCAAGAUGAGGUGCACUCGUACAAACGCCUCAUGAAGAUGAAAUGCCGGAUCCCAAGGACACUUGAUUGGGAGUUGCUAGACUCAUUAAAAAUCUCGGAUGACGUGAGGAAAUACUUGAAGGCACUCAAUCUUGAGAAGUACGAAGCCAUGGACAAUGUGGCAUGCGAGGAACUAUCGGUUGAAUUCUUUACCGCAUUUGUACCACAAGACAAAGGCAAGUCUUUCACUUUUCGGAUAAAAGGUGAAGAAUACAAGGUUGAUAACAAGAUCAUGCAUGAGGUCUUUGGUUUCCGCACGACGGGGUCUCGCCAAGUACCCGUGGUACAUAAAUUUCUGUGCUACAAUGUUUUUGGCAAGAAAGACUCCAACAAGGUUAGCGAGAAAGAAGUUUAUCUCUUGUCGGCAAUGUGUGCAAAGAAGCCCAUAUGCAUUACUGCAUUUGUUAAAGAGACACUCCGGGAAACGAGAAUCUUCGCCAACCGCCCUCCGAGAUUGGCCAAUGUCGUCACCGCACUCGCUAAGCACUUCAAAGUUCAAAUUGAUGAAGUGCCGCUUCAACCGAAGAAGAUCGCGUUGUGGGAUUUGACGAAAGCCGAGCUCGUUUCAAACAGCACCACGAUCAUUGAUUACAAAUUUCGAUGUUGCUCUAAGGCAUAUAUGGCAGAGCUGAAAAAAUCGUCCGAAGUAGGUAGUUCCUCUCUGCCACCACCUGAUACCGAGGACGAGGCAGAGGACGAUGAAACACAGACCAACCCGAUGGACUAUUUCCUCCCUCCACCAGUUGACGCGGGCGCUCCGGAUGCGCUAUCUCAACAAGCCCCCGCUUGGUUCGUUAACUUCAUUGCGCAUAUUGAUUGGUGUUGGGAGGAGCACAACAAGAGGCUCGAUACCUUCAUUGAGCAUAAUGAUAGGCGUUGGGAGGAGCACAACAGGAGGAUCGAUGAACGUUGGACCCAAUGGGAGUCUCGGCAAUUUGAUCAGUGGAAACAAUGGGGCGACCAGUUCAAGCAAUGGGACGUUCGCUUGAGUUCAGGCCGCAGUCUACCCUACCCUCCACCUCAACCUCCACCUCCACCUCCACCUCCAACAUCGGAUGCAACGGAUGCACAGUGA